AUGGCAAAGGAGACCCUCCGGGCAGCCUGUCUGCUGCAGAUCCUCUUCUCACCCCUCUUCCUGGCUGCAGAGGGACGGCAAACAGGCGUCUCCAGCGGCCUGCAAUGUCUGAACAAUUAUGGGCCUCCCAGGCGUAGAGUGAAUUGCACGUGGCACCGGAAUCCGGCCAUGGGAGAGGGAGCGUUCUACCUCCGUUUCUCCGACACCUUCCAGCGGAGUGGCCUCGGGCAGAGUGACCUCGUCUGCCGGCUGUCGCCCUCCGAGGAGAGACGGGGCGAGUUCAGCUGCUUCGCGGAGGGACCGGGAUACUUUGGGGAGAAUGACGAGUACACAGUCUCUUUGCAUGGCGACAACUACACCUUGGGGGAAAUGGUUGCCCACGCUGCCUGGGAGGAGGCUUACCACCCCAUGCAGAACAUUAAAUGCGAUCCGCCCUACGGCCUCCGGAGCAACAUGAGCGGCAGCAAGUGCCUGAUCGAGUGGAAGAUGCCAGAGGCCUACGUGGACAUCUGGAAGGACAUGCAGUGGCAGCUGCAGUUCAGGGCCGCCCCCGUCCCCUGGGAGCAAGCAGAGAACAAGACCGUGGACACCAGAGAAACGUCGAUGGAAAUAGACGGCUCCGAGUUCGCGCCAGGCGCCAGCUACGUUGCCAGAGUGCGCUGCAAAACCCCCGACCGCAAGAAGCAGUACGGCAGCCAGUGGAGCGAGUGGAGCAGCGAGACCGAGUGGAGCGUGCCCCCAGGGCCUCUGCUGCGGAGGGAGGAGUCUCUGGUGCUGCCGGCCCUCCUCCUCGCCUCCGUCCCUCUCUGCCUCCUUGGCGCCCUGCUGUUUCUCCUCCUGCUCGCCGGCUUCUACCCGAGGAUCAAGAGCCGUUGCUCGGCCAGCACCCCCAACCCCGCGGCCUUCUUCCUGCCCCUCUACGCCUCUCACAACGGGGACUUCCAGGCUUGGAUCGGCCUCAGAGAGCAGGACGUCUGGCUGAGAGGCGGCGGCGGCGGCAGCAGCACUGAUCCUGGCAAGGGCGCUGGGCCUAGCCUGGUGACCCCCAGGCCCCUGGAGGCCAUCUCCCGGCUCUCCUCCUUCAAGCGCCUCUCAGAAGCGGAGCUGCCGUCGGAGGAGGAGAGAGCCCACCGCCCCUUGCUCGGUGCUCCAGAGCAGCAGGCCCAAGCCAGCAACCCCGCUGUCAUGCAAGGGGAAGGACAGGCCCCGAUCCCGCCCGGAAGAGCCCCUCUCCUCCCUGAAGGCCUGGAGGCCACAGGUGAGGGCUUUCCUUACCUGCCGUACAAGAACUCCCUGUUUGUGGAGCGGGAGCCGCAGGAGACGGAGAUCCUCUCCCCCUGCAGCAAAGCCUCUGCCUCGUGGGGCACCAGCAGCACCUGCCCUGUGGCGCCCGUGUAGUGGAUCCGAGAGGAGAGGCCGAGCAGGGCGGAGGGAGAGAGGCUUAUAACGGCUGGCGCGGCUCUCUGCAAGCAGGCUCUGGCUUUCCACCCCACGCCCUUUUGCACAGCCAGGCUGACUCCUGAGAAUAAUGGCCUCUCUCUCGCGACCAGUCACUGAAGAGACGAGCAUUUCGGAAUGCUGGCCGCUUGCUGAUACCCAAAGCAGGCUGGCUGGUACCUGGGACUGAAAAAGGUUAGCAAGCCAUCCUGGGUGGCUGCAGAAUCCUGGGAGCUUAGGGGCAAAGAAGCAAACCUGAGCCCAUUCGCCCUGUGAGAAGACAGCCAGCGGUGACGCGACGGGGGGGGGGGGGGGACCCCCGGGGGGGG